CUUCUCUAUCGCAUUCGAUCUCUUUAAUCUCUACCGCAUUCAAUCUCUUAUUGUCUUCAUCUAUUUUUCUUCUUUGUUGUUUGGAUUUUCGAUCUUUCUUCCUGUUGUUUACUUCGUCAUAUUUAUUAUUUACUUCCGUUUGUUCUUGCGCAGAUUUACGUUUCUGCAGUUUUUUUGACCACUGAAGGUCACUUUUUUUAUCCAAGAAUUGAUACUAUGUCUAGUUCUGAAGAUAAUAUGUCUUGCAGUGGCAAAUUAAUAGAGGAAAUUGAGGCCAGAGGUGAACUUUUUGAAGCUGAUUGCGCGAAGCUUUUUUGUCUACCACUGAAUCUGUUCCCGUGCUACCAAUUAAGGAAGCUGAAAUUUCUGAACUAUUGGGCAAAACAGUUUUUUCUGAAAAAGAGGCAUUUGAGCUAUACAAUGACUACGCUUAUAGAAUUGGAUUUGGUGUUCGUUAUUCUACUUUGAGAAAGAGAGAAUGAUAUCUGAAUAUAAUUGCUCUGAUAAUCCUUGGUUAACCAAACUGUAUGAGAUGAGGGACAAAUGGUGUCCAGCUUUUUCAAAAGAAUUCUUCUCUGCUGGCAUUUUAUCUUCACAACGAAGCGAGACCACAAAUCACUCUUUGUCUAGAAAACUGAAUGCUACCUCUUCUCUAUGUGACUUCUAUCAUUUUUUUAGUGAAGCUGUCAGUCAUUGGAGAAGUAAUGAGGGCAAAGAUCAUCAGCGUUGUUUGGAUGGUUUUCCUGAAAUUGCUAUUCCUCAUGUUAGUUUGUUACAUAAAGCUUCUAAGCUUUAUACGAUUGAUGCUUAUAAACUUUUUGAGAAAGAAUUUAUGCGAGGUAUGUCUCUGAAAUUUGAACUUAGAUACCAUCAAGGUUCUUUAAUGGGAUAUUUAGUAUGGAUGCCUCAAACAGAUCGGUUUUCACAUUGGGUUUCAUUUGAUGUAACAACACAUUUUGUUAGUUGUUCUUGUCAGAAAUUCCCAAAGGCUGGUAUUUUGUGUUGUCAUAUUCUUCGUAUAUAUCAUAUACACUGUGUAGAAGUUAUUCCGGAUUGUUAUAUUCUCAAACGGUGGACUCGUACGACAAAGUCUCUUCCAAGUGAACUACCUUUUGUGUUAGAUGAUUCUUCUAAUGUGUUACCUUCAGUUUGGAGAAUGCAAAUGCAGAAGAAAUUUCACAAGCUUUUGUGUUCUAGUGGUUCUAAUUCUACAACAAG